UCCAUAACCAAAGAUUUUGUAUGUCUGUGGGGCUGUUGGCAACUCAGCUUUUGUUUGGAUUAAAAUUCUUAAAUCGCUUUAUCGGUGUAAAUUCAAAUCCCUUUUUAAAAACAAGACAGUUUGCGCAUCUUUUGCAUUAUAACCCUGCCAUGACUUUCCGUUAUCCUUCCGUUCGUCGUGGCGAUACAGUCGACAUUUAUCAUGACAUACCGGUUCCUGAUCCUUAUAGAUGGUUGGAAGAUGCCGAUUCAGAAGAAACAAAGAAAUUUAUUCAAGAGCAAAAUGCUUUAACCAUUCCAUUUCUUGAAAGUUGCCCAAUCCGUGAGCAAAUUAAAGAAAGGAUCACCUCUUUGUGGAACUAUCCAAAAUUUUAUUGUCCUUUCAAAGAGGGAAAUAAUUAUUACUACUUGAUGAAUACUGGAUUGCAGAAUCAAAAUGUCAUGUAUAAGCAGGAAAGUCUUACUAGUACAGCUGAAGUUUUCAUUGAUCCAAAUGAAUGGUCAGAUGAUGGUACUGUAAGUUUAACAAAAAAGGAGUUUUCUGAAGAUGGAGAAUAUUUAGCAUAUGGAAUGAGUCAAAGUGGUUCUGACUGGAACAAGAUUAAGGUCAAAUGUGUGAAGACAAAAGCAGAUUUACCUGAUAUUAUUGAGAAUGUUAGAUAUUCUGGAAUUUCAUGGACUCAUGAUAAUAAAGGAUUUUUUUAUUCUUGCUUUCCAAAAGUAGAAGGCAAAGCUGAUGGCACUGAAACAACUGCUAAUCAAUAUCACAAAUUAUACUAUCAUAGACUUAAUACUAGUCAAGCUGAUGAUGUUCUUUGUAUGGAAUUUCCCGAUGAGCCAAACUGGAGAGUUGGAGCAGUUGUUAGCGACUGUGGUAAAUAUCUACUAGCUUCUGUCCAAGAAUCCUGUAAAAAUAACAUGCUAUAUGUGUGUGACCUGACUAAAUCUGGAAUAACUGGACUUUUGCCAUUUCGUUGCCUUGUGAACAAAUUUGAAGCAGAAUACAACUAUGUAACAAAUACAGGAUCCAUAUUCACUGUGCAUACUGAUAGAAACGCUCCACUUUAUCGGUUAGUGAAUAUUGACAUAGAAAAUCCUGAAGAGGAAAACUGGGUUGAUCUAGUGCCUGAAAGCAAAGCAAAUGUUUUAGAAUGGGCUUUAUGUGUAAAUGAAGACAAGCUGCUUUUGUGUUAUAUAGAAGAUGUUAAAAAUGUUCUUGGUUUAUAUAGUUUAAAUACUGGUGACCUACUUAAACAUUUUCCUUUGGAACUUGGAACAAUAGCUGGAGUUUCUGGUAAAAGAAGUCAAAGUGAGAUAUUUUACAAAUUUGUAUCAUUUUUGACUCCUGGAAUAACAUAUUUUUGUGAUCUGCAAUGUAGUAUGAACCCGGAAGUUUUCAAAAAAACUGAAGUUCCUGGUUUUGAUGCUUCCCAGUUUCAAACAACUCAAGUAUUUUAUUCUAGCAAGGAUGGGACAAAAAUUCCAAUGUAUAUAGUUCAUAGAAAGGACAUUGUGAAAGAUGGCUCUGCUCCAGCCUUUCUUUAUGGCUAUGGAGGAUUCAAUAUUAGCAUGCAGCCACAGUUCAGCAUUUCCAGAACAGUAUUCAUGAAUUACUUUAAGGGAGUUGUUGCACUUCCUAAUCUCAGAGGUGGAGGAGAGUAUGGUGAAAGGUGGCAUAAUGCUGGCAAGCUGUUGAACAAACAAAAUGUUUUUGAUGAUUUCCAUGCAGCUGCAGAAUAUUUAAUUGAUAACAAGUACACCUCACCUUCUAAAUUGACCAUUAAUGGUGGUUCUAAUGGUGGUUUACUUGUUGGGGCCUGUUUAAUUCAGAAACCACAUCUUUAUGGCUGUGCUGUAGCUCAAGUUGGGGUUCUUGACAUGUUAAGGUUUCAUAAAUUUACAAUUGGACAAGCUUGGACAAGUGACUAUGGAUGCUCUGAUGAUAAAGAGCAAUUUUUAUAUUUAUUGAAGUACUCUCCUCUUCACAAUUUGAAACCAGCUGAAUAUCCUGCCACACUUUUGUUGACUGCAGAUCAUGAUGACAGAGUUGUGCCCUUGCAUUCACUUAAAUUCAUUGCAGAAAUGCAAUAUCAGAUCAGUAAAUGCUCUGGAAAUGUUAAACCAGCUUUCAUCAAAGUGGAUGUCAAAAGUGGACACGGAUUUGGAAAGCCUACUUCAAAAAUAAUUGAAGAAUUGACAGAUGUGUAUUGCUUUAUGUAUAACACAUUACAACUGCAAUAUUAUGAUUGAGAAGUAUUUUUAUACAUUUGUUAAAAUUUCAGCACAAAAGUCAUUUAUAAUAAAAUUCUAC